GCGCAAGGUCCCGAGUUCGAUCCCCAGUACCAAAAAAACAAAGAAAAGAAAACAAGAUUUCACUCCUGAGAAAAAGAGCUGAGGUCUGUUAGAAAAUUUCAGUGCCUCAUGUGUGCUUCCCGAACAUAAGACUGGAGUGUGUUUCAGAAAUGCAGAUUCUUGGGGCUGAACUCCAUGGAUCCUAGAAGUGGCAUUUGGAAGAGGCUUUCAGGGGCUCUGACACAUGGCCAACCCCGGGCAGCCUCAGUGCUAGGUAGAUUUCUCCCUGGUUGAGCUAUGCUUUGUCCAGGCUGGUUCUCGAAGGUGGGCAUCAGCUUGUCCCAGGGCAGCCCGACCAAGCCACGGCAAUGUGUCUGCCCUCCGGGACCCCACACCAUUUUGGUGGCUGUCACAACCUAGCCAUCUGUCCACGUAAGCCACUGACACCUGGCCUCCGCUGAGGGCCCACCCCACUCCAGCGGAAAUGUGUUGAAGAACUUCCCAUUCCUACCAGGAUUGAGUCUGUGCUUAUAGAGGUGGCAUUUCAAAAUUUUCAAGGAAACUGGGGUUGGUGGCACACACCUGUAGUCCCAGCACUUAGGAGGCUGAGGCAGGAGAAUCACUGUGAGUUUGUGCCCAGCCUGGGCUACAAGGUGAGUUCAAGGCCAGUCUAAAAAAACCCUGUCUCAAAAAACAAAAUAAACAAACCAGAGAAACUUUCAAGAACAGAGAGGACAAAGGAAUCCUUUCUUUAUCUGAACAUCCUGCUUACAGACUUAACUUGCAGGAAGCACUGUGGGCAUAUGACAGUCCUUUUGUGUGCUCCCUCUCCAAAGCAAGAUCUUGCCAACUCCUUCCUCCUGGAGGGCUUUUUUUUUGUUCCAGUGAAAUAUUAGUAAGAUGUCUUAAUAUUUGUUUAGUACUGUAUGUCCAAUAGAUAUGCAUCUCUGUGCAUCUUUAUUAUGUGGUUAAUCAUCUGGGUGGGGGCAGAUGUGACCCACAUCAGGAUUAUGGAUGGGAACUGGGAGGCGUAGACUUAUUUACCAACACAGAACAUCCUGAUUUCUAGACACUGGCCCUGGGUGGGUGCGGGCCUCAGAGUCCCCUGAGGUGCCCAUUGCAGGACUUGUCCAAGGUCACAGGGCCACAGGUGGAUGGCAGAGAGGGCUUUGUCCCGCUAUGUGGCUGCUGCUUGCACUCGGGGUGCAGGGGAAGUUGUGCCCAGGCCACGUGGCCAGCCGGAGGAGCCCUAACCCCUAGGCCCCACGUUCAUCUUUCCACUCUUGUGGAAAGCUCCCACUGGAAGCCAGUUGCUGGCUCAGUCCCGGAUUUCCUGGGAAGAGUAGUUGGGGUUGGCGACUCUGCCCGGAGCUUUUCCUCCACACCUCAGUGCAGGCAGAGUGGGGACCAGAAGCUUGAAAGUUUGGGCCAAGGAGUGGGAGGAAUGGAGACGGGACAGGGGCUGCCCACUGUGGAUGGAUGCUCUGGACGGCCCUGGGACAGCUGUAGAAUUGUCACCCAGGUGCCAGGCUGCCCGCCUCAUUUACAAAUCAGAAUGGGCCUUCUGAUGCAGCUGGUGAACUCCCAGCAGAGAAAGAAGACUUAAUUGUGGGUCAUUCCAUAAAGAGAAGAACUGCUUGGGCUAUAAUUAUCCCUCAGCCUCCCUGGCCUGGACAGCUGUUCCCCAUGUGCUACAAGGGUCAGAGUAAUGCCAAGAGCAUGCAUGGUUCCAUGCCUGUCACCAUGUACACAGGGUGAUAGAAACAUGGGGAAUGUUUACAUUUUUAAAAUUAUUACAGUGAAAGACACCCAGUGGGUAUCUCAUUCUGUGGGUCACUGAGACAGGCAAUGUUUCCUCAAAUGGCAGGGCAUGUUCUGUUCAGUUCUGGUUCAGUAAGGGGCUCAGCCCGAAGGUCCCAGCCCAUGGUGGCUGCCUCUGUAGUGUCCUCCGUCUCUCAUAUGUGUCCAGUGAGCCAGGGUUGCAUUUGGACAGGCUCAGGGCACAGGGGUGUCCUCAGCUAUUGGGUAUGGAGGGCCCUCUGUAGGUGCCACUUGAGAAGGUUGCUGGGAGAGGCCCACAGCUGGCCUGAGAAUGUGCCGGAAGGAGUAGAUCCUGUUGCAACACAUGGGUGACAGGAGGCUGGGAACAGAGGUCCAGGAAGCCCCGGUUAUAGCCCUUGUCAGGUCUGCCACAGGUUUGGUGCUUCCAGCUGCAUUGCCUGCCAAGUAGGUAGCUGGGGAGGUCUAAGGAAGGGGGUGCUGCAGAGUGGGCAGAGGACAGAACCAGCAGGGCUGUCACCUCCUCUCCCAGGGCCACAGUCACUGCAUUUUGGAGAUAGCUGUGGCAACAGGGCUCCUUCGAGGACACGGUGACCUUCGUGGACGCAUAGUGAGCCUGAGUGGCCCUCUGGGUUAGAGAAGGGUGGAAUCCUGACCCAAAUCUCCCUGUGCCCGUUUUCGGAAUCCACCCAGAAGUGGGAAGGCCAGGAGUAGCACUUGAGGUCCAUGCAGUGGGAGCCAAGAACAGGGAUGGUGAGGGACAGGCUGGUGUGGACAGCGGGGUCAGGUGACCAGGACAACUCUUCCCAUGUGCUACAAGGGUUGGGGAAGUCCCAAAACAAGUGGCCAACCCUGUCAUCAUGUAUGCAGUGUGAUUUAAGCACAUGGUGAAUGUUUAAGUUUUAAAAAUUAUUGCAAUGAAAGACACAUUGUGAUGAAUCCCCUCAAAAUAUUCCUCCUUGCUUUGAACACACUGAUCCCAUCAUUCUUGCUCUUUUCUGAAGGAGCUCUGUAAGUCCUUUCCUGAGAGUCUUUAAUUCGCUGUCGUGGCUGCCUUGAAGUACAGAACUGAUUCAGAACAUUCACCUUGCAUGGUCACUCUGACUUUGAGAAAGAGGGAGCGGUCACACAGUGCCAGAUCCAGUAACUAAGGUGGAUGAGGACACAGUAUCUUUUUUUUUUUUGGUACCAGGGCUAGAACUCGGGUCCUUGCACUUGCGCAGCAGGUAGCAGGCAGCGAAACCACUGAGGCAAAUCCCCGGCCCUAUCUUUUUUUUUUGAAAUGUGGUCUUGUUAUGUAGUUCAGGCUGGCCUCGAACUCCAGGCUCUCCUCUUGCCUUAGCCUCCUGAGUGCUGGGAUUACCGGCAAGUACCGCCACACUUGGCCCCAGGGUCAUGUUUUUAUGAUCCUGCCUUUCCAUUAGGUGGCACUCAAUGGCAGCAUCCACUAUAUUCUUAUCAUACUGCAUAGACAUUCAGGAAAGAGCACUUCCAGACCUGCUUCAGAAAGUGGCUAGAACAGUGGGAUAAGUAUGUUGGAAGCAAAGAGGAAUUAAUGGCAAUGUGUCUUAUACUGUAAUAAAUUUCUUCCCCAUGCAUUUUGACCAUACCUCCCAGCUGUGGGAACAGCCGGCUGCCUCACUGCUGGGACCCAGAGAGGGAAAGCUGUCCAAGGCAUGCCCCCCUUGGGGGUCACCCAUGGCCUAGGCCCCCUGAACUGCCUUUCCUGGAAGGGCAGGCACAGUGUGACCCGGCCCCGCAGCCCUCAGGGCACAGGGAGGGAAAGGGCUGAAGCCUUGGCAAGCAACCUUGGCGUCUCAGUUUGUUCUGUUGAACAUAACUACAUCUUAUCUGCAUUCUUUAUCCCUUUGAAAAUAUUUAUUUUCAGUUCUACAUUUUUGCUUAUUCUGUACAACUAACAGCUGAAGGCUGAGGCCUGUGGUCCCCUGAGGUGUGACAGGCUCCGGGCUCUGGGCUGUGGCUCCUCCCGCCCUCUGGAUGACCCGUGAGCCCCGGGCCUGACCUGUCUGAGAUUCUGCAGAAUGCAGGUCACGGGGGUCAGGGUCACACUGUGCAGCGGCGCUGGAGAGGAGACAUACUUGGCAGUGUUCCAGUCCUGCUGCUGCGAGCUCCACCCUGGACCAUUUUCUGAAGUGGUCUGAGUGCUUGGGAACAGAGGGGCUCAGUUCCUGGAUAGAUGGCAGAGGACAGGGAACAGGGGACACCCGGCCAGCCUGGCUCAGGCUCAGAAAUGAGGCUUUGUAUAUUGAAAAGACCUAGGAUCUGGGAUGUGGCUCUGUGGCAGAGUGCCUGGCCCUGCAAAAGCAAAACUGAAUCAAAGCCCUUAACUUCUAUUUAUCAUCGCCUCUUUUCUCCCAGUCUUCAUGUGCAUUUUCAUGUUUAGGGAUUUGCGAGCUGUGCCUAUAUCCUUGCUUCCAUACCCCUGUUGUGAAGCAGCCCCCCUUGGCGGUUGGCAGCUUUGGUUCUAGGGAGUACAGGUGUGCCUGUUGCUCACUGGCCACACUCACUCUUGGUGCUUUUCUUGGUUUAAUUUACCCCUCACCUCCGGCCUUUUACCUUUCUGUCACUUGGAGGGACAGAGCAGCUGGCGCAGCUGGAUCAGCCUCUCUUGGCCUCGGGCAGCUGUGGCCCAGGGUCCUUAAGUGGCAGGAGAGGCAAGGCCUCUGCAGGCUGCUGUGGUCCAGCCUGUGGCUGGCCUUAGCACCCCUUGGCUGCCACCCCAUCCUGGGUGUCCCUGGCACUCUGGUGGCUCUUCUUUGGGCUCUGUGCUCCGGUUGCCCUCACCGCAGUGACUGCAGGGAGGAUGGGGAUAGAUCUGGUCUCAAAGCAAGAAGGUUGACAGCCUUAAAAUAUUUUAUAAACUCCUUGGGAUUGGCAAAAAUCCUGGCUGUGUUUUACCAAACAUAUUUUGCCCUUAACUUUUACACCAACAUGUAUUUUAAGAGAAACAUAAUCUGCCAUUUCUUCAAGUGUUUACUUAAUUCUUACAUUGUUUUCAGAACAGUGCUCUCCGAAAGACAAAAGCUUUCCUUUUUUUUUUUUAAAUUGGGGUUUUGAGAACCCAGGAGGUCGAGUUCAUCUAAAAGUUAACUAAGCUGAAGCCCAGAACAAAAAUAAAAGAUGCAUCAGUUUUACAGAACCUAGGAGAUUAUGAAACCCUUGUCCACCUGACAUUGGCUGCCUAAAUGAAAUGACAGUGAUGACGAUAAUGAUGAUGAUUUUGCUGGUACUGGGGAGUGAACCCAGGGCCUUUGUACUGAGCUACUUUGCUAGCCCUUUUUUGGUAGUUUUUAAAUUUUGAGACAGGGUCCUGCUAAGUUACCAAGUCUGGGCUGGAACUUUCGAUCCUCCUGCCUCAGCCUCCCAGGGUGCUGGGAUUACAGGCAUUGCCAUGACUCCUGGCUGAGAUUUAAAAUCAGAUUAAAAUUCCCUCAUCUCUGACCUUCGGCAGCCCUAGUUUGGUGGCCAAAGCUCCACUGAGUGAGGUACCAUUGCUCAGCCACAACUCAUUCUUAAGUGAUUUUCUUGGUUCAAUUUAAGAUCAAAAAGUCUUUAAGGGGCCGGGGAUUUAGCUCAGUGGUUCCAGCGCCUGCCUGUCAAGUGCAAGGUCCCGAGUUUGACCCCCGGUACCAAAACAAAACAAAACAAAACUCUUUAAAACAAAAUCCUUAUUGUAAUAAUAUGGCCUGCCAGUUAUGUGGGUGUUCAAAUUCAUCAGAUCCCUCUUCUGUAAAAAUAGUUUCAGAUUCCUUUGAUUCCCUUGGUUUUCUGGUCUCCACAUUCCUCGAAGGUGUACUCAGUGUCAAAAGUUCUUCUCCCACAUGAGACAUCCUUCCCUGGAGGUUAAGCCCAACUGGAUCGGAGACCCUGAGGGCUUCCAGGGCUGCUCGAUUUUGUCCCAGGCGGAAACACUGGUCUCUGCUGCCUGGGCAGUUGGCAAAAGGUACAGCAUCUGCCUUGGAAGGUGGUGGCAGACGGGACCAGCUUGACGCCAGACAGGUGUGCACGCCCCAUCCCCGACCCUGCAUGGCCCUCUGCCUUUGGGCCCCAGCCUCAUAUCUGCGGAGCACCAACCACCAGGCCUGAGAAGCUCCUCGAGUCUCCAGUGUGCAGCCCCAACUCUGCUCUCCCCUGCUAGAGCCGCCCUAUCUUCAGCGUCCCCUGAAAGUGCCCGGCCUGGUAACUGCAGGCCCCUCCCACCGACUGCACGGCUGGGCUGGGUUCUCAGAAGGGCACGAGAGCUACGUGACCUUCUGCCAGCUGGAGGACGGGGCCGCCUUCACCUGCAGCGCCGACUGCACCAUCCGGCGGUGGGACUUGCACACAGGCCAGUGUGUGCAGGUGUACCAGGGACACACGUCCAUCGUCAACAGGUCGGCCUGGCGGGCGGGGCUGCUGGCCAGGCAGAGGGAGACAGAGGCCAGAAAUGAUCCUGGUUGCCAACAACCAGCUCUUCAGCAGCUCCUAUGACCGGACAGCUCGCGUCUGGUCUGUGGACAAGGGGCAGGUGUCCCGGGAGUUUCGGGGCCAUCGAAACUGCGUCCUGACCUUGGCCUACUCUGCCCCCUGGGAUGCUCCCUGUGUAGAGGAAGCUGAGGCCAGGGGCCUCCUGGUGACAGGCAGCACAGAUGGCACAGCCAAGGUGUGGCAGGUGGCCAGUGGCUGCUGCCACCAGACGCUGCGGGGCCACACGGGUGCCGUGCUGUGCCUAGUGCUGGAUGAGCUUGGCCGCACAGCCUUCACGGGCAGCACCGAUGCCACCAUCCGAGCCUGGGACAUCCUGAGCGGGGAGCAGCUGCGCGUGUUCCGAGAGCACCAGGGCUCCAUCAUCUGCCUGGAGCUUGUGGAGCAGCUGUUGUACUCGGGCAGCGCCGACAGGACCGUCAAGUGCUGGCUGGCAGACGCCGGGCAGUGUGUGCGCACCUUCCCCGCCCACCGCCGCAGUGUGAGCGCCCUCAAAUUCCACGCGGGGACCUCAAAGAUCUGUAAUGGAGAAGGACAGAGGUCCCUACAGCGCCCCCUCAGCAGCAGCCAGUGUUCACAGGCAGCGGAGAUGCCUGUGCCAGGGCAUUUGAUGCCCAGUCGGGAGCGCUGCAGAGAGUGUUCCGGGGCCAUGCGCUUGUCAUCAACUGCCUGCAGGUGCACGGCCAUGUGCUGUACACAGCCUCGCACGACGGUGCGCUGCGCCUCUGGGAUCUGCGUGGGCUCCAGGCCCCCUGCCCCAGGCCCACAGGCAAGCGCAGCCUGUCACGCCUCUUCAGCAACAGGGUGGCCUGCGUCACGGCUGUGCCCCUGCAGCCCACCUGAGCUAGAGGACACAUCGCUUUCUGGGAACCAGAGGGCGGGCACCCGACCCUGGGCGAGAGCUGCCAGCUUCCCCAAGCCUCCAGGGAUUCAUCUUCUCCCCAUCCCAAGCCCGGCCCCCUGGUCCACCCUGGGAGCCCCCAAGCUCCUGAAGGCCCCUGGGGAGUCCCUUUAUGCAGAGAGUGGUAAGGGGGACUUCUUUACAAAAGCCACAGAACCAGAUUGUUGCCUUGGAAAAUUGUCACCGAAGUCCUCAUGUAGAACUCAAAUACACGUCUUCGAAGUUAACAGUGCUCUUGGGUACGUUUGUUCUGUCAACCAAAUCUUGGCUCCCUUUGUGGACAGGGGACAGCUCUGCCUUCUGGCUGAGACUAGGGGCUGCCACCAAUGUCACCGCAGACAGUGGCUGUGGAAGAGGCCAGGGAGUGAGGAGUUGGCAUUGGGGUCCCUACUCUGGAGAUUUUCCAGGGGCCUCACUCUGCUGGGCCUGCACAAAUCGAUGGCUGGCCCACACUGUGCCAGGCAUGGUGGCACACACAGAGCCUCUGCAGCACAAGUGUCCUGCCAGGAGGAGUUGCAGGGGAGAGGCCAGGAGCCUCCCCAGCACCCUUGACCUCCCAAGGGGCACUCUUCAGCCCCUUGGUGCUUCCACUUUGUGCAUCCACAGUGCCCUGUGCCAGUCCCUGGCUGGCUCCCAGUGUAGGACAAUACAGGUGACUGUGCCUGACAUGAAGAGCUUGGCAUCUCGCUGGGAAGGCUCCUGGGUCAGCAGCCCACAGUGUUUCUCAGAGCACAUGUGUUUCCCGGCCAAGGUAUGCUGGCCCGCAGGUGCAAUGCACUCUCUCCAGGAUGCCAGGCCUGGUGGGCGAUCUCAUCACAUGGGCAGAAAAAGAUGCAGAGGUUUGUGAUGGGGCUCUGGGCUGGACCCGGAAACACUGGGCAAGAGGGCUUCCUGGCACAGGUGCCGUUCUCUGGGAGCACUGGAGCACUCAGCCCCGUGGGGGGUGGGGGCAUCACAACCACCACCUCUCCUCGAAGCUCUGUGGGUCAGCAAGGGGCUUCCUGCCAGGUGGAAGUGACGCUGCAGGAGGCAAGGCAGAGAACCAGGAGUUCCUGGGCUGGAACCCGUUCCUGCUCUGAGGCGAUACUCACUGAUGUGGCUAGGUGACAUGCACUGGGGGCUUAGAGCCUCAUCUCCUGCCACAGCAGAGCGAGACCCUCCCACCACCAUCUGUC